AUGGUCUUAUUUGGGAGUGAAAUCAAAAAUCUUGAGGGUAAGACGACCAUUCCAUGGAAAAAGGAUGAUCCAAUCGUACCUGCUUUGGAAAAACAACAAUUGGAAGGCCACGGGGAUGACAUUUCGCCAUUAGUUCAGGUGAAUGAAAAAAGCAUUAGCCCUUGUUCGAAAUCAAAGCAGCCAGAAUUAUUCGUGAUUAAGACUCCUUUGGCCUCCAAGUCACAAACCCAAACUCUCAGGAGAAUUCUGAGCGAUGCGGAUUUCGAAGAGACACAUAAUAUGACAGACAAUUGGAAGCUCAUGUGGCUACAUCUCAGCCCUCGGGGACACCACGAAUUAUUCGACCAAUUGAAGCCUAAUCAGGUCUUGAAUCGUAUUCCCGGGUUUCCUCACAAAAUUCUGCCAAUUUUAUCAAAAAUGCCCAAUGUUCCCAAUGUCCCCAGUACCUUUGUACUGCCAAAAGAGACAGACCGUUUGGAGGCAUUUAUUAAGAAGAACGAGAAGCUUUUCUACAUCAAAAGAGAAUCCAGUAGGAAAUCCUUUGAGAUUGUGCAAAGAUUAGAUUUAGAAGCAUUUACUGAAGAGUUUCUGGUGCAAGCGUACAUAGACGAUUCAUUUCUCAUCGACGGUCAUCGAUUUGAUAUUGGAGUAUACGUUCUGAUUACAUCCAUUAAGCCCUUCCGAGCCUACAUGUAUGACAAGGAUAUCAAUUUGCGCUUCUGUCCCAAGAAAUAUCAGAACGGUUUUCCAAGUGAUCCACAAACAUAUGUGGUGGAAUCUCCAAGGCAAACUUGGCUUCGGAAGCUUUCUCUUCCAACCAUUGACAAAUUAAGAAAUCAUCUUGGCGCUAACUCCUUGAGAGCUUUGAGAUAUAUUUUGAACUCUGCCAACAUUAAAGACUAUGAUCUGUGGAACAACAUCAAUCAAACCGUUUACGAGGUGCUGACCAAUAUUCAACAAUCGCUCCUUCAAACCCUCCGGCCGGCAGAAACCAGGGGCAGAGCCUUCGAGUUGGUGCGCUUUGACUUCUUGAUUCGUAAAAAUGGCGAUAUUGCCCUCAUGGAAAUGAAUCGGAGUCCUUUUUUGGGCGAACAGCAUAACCCUGUAACGAAGCUUCUUCACAAGCAGAUCCUAAUUUCAACUCUAAACAUCAUGGGCGUUCUCUCCAAAACAUAUGAGCAACAGUUUUCCCAUACGGAUCGAAGUGUGUUUCUCCCUCAUUGUAUGUCCCCUGUUUGCUCAAGAGGAGCUAUCUCGUUAAAAGAGCCUUUUUGCAGUUUCUGUGAGUUUUCACUGACCCCAGACGUGUCCAAAAUGACCAGUGAAGCAUUUUUAGAGAACCAGAACAAGCUGGGCUUCCGCCGAUUGAUACCAUCUCCUCCUGGUUCGAUUGACGAGGCGGGGCAGAUUUUACGGAGCCUCAAGUUGGAUCGAAAGGAAAGUAUGGCAGACCACAAGAUGGCCAUUUGGUACCUUGGCAAGUGCUUCCAAGACGAUGAAUGGUGCUAUUGA